GUUUGGCGGGCGCAUCAGUUGACAUUUUACCACACGGCGAUUCGGUUCGGAAACGUGAUCGUAGUCGGCGUCGCUUUCGACUGUUUUUCGUGGGCUAGUUGAUCAAUAGAAUGUUCAAGUCCUCACGGCACCGCGGAGGGUGAAUGAUUUUGUGAGGUUCCAAAUAUUGUUAUACUGCGUACGUCUUGCGCUUGAAACCAGCUCCAAAACGCUGCGUUGAGAGAGAAGAAGUCACGAACAAUCUGUUGGUGGGACUAGCUCGUGCCAUAGUGGAUCCAGUUCAACAAUUUAAAAUAAUCUUGAGUUUUUAAGUUUUCUGGUGAAAAUGGCCAAUUUUCAGAUGAGGCACCGGAGUUGGAGGAUAAGCGGUUUCUGUUGCACCCUGUGUACAAUCGUCGUGCUGCUGGCGUCAACAAUCCAUCUAGCCGAGUACGCAGCAUGUAGCUCCGUUUUGGUGGCCGACUUCCGGAUGACACGAAUGGUUGAGCUGAGCAGUCGUCCUCCGUACUGCAAGGUACACUCUGAUCGGGGUGACAUCCAGCGAAUGCUUUUGGCGUCCGAUGCCAAGAAGAUGCGUCAGGUGCCGAGAGAAUCAGUGGUUGCUCUCGAGGAAGUAUGCAGCGAAGCGAGCGGCAUCUCAGGCGAACUGCAAGGCGGCCUAGGAUUCAUCUAUCCUGGUACAAAGUGGUGCGGACCAGGAAGCAUUGCAGCCAAUUAUUCGGACGUGGGUCGAUACGCAGCAGAGGAUCAGUGUUGCAGGGAGCAUGAUCUAUGCCCCAACAUACUGCUGCCCGGCGAGUGCCGACGCGGUCUGUGCAAUCGUGGACCCUUCACUCGUUCUCAUUGCGAUUGUGACGCUCGGUUUAGAAGAUGCUUGCAGAACUUAAAUACUGAAACGGCCAACACGCUGGGUGCAAUAUUUUUCAAUGUCGUGCAGGUGACAUGCUUCGGUGAGAGACGACCAUGCUCGGUCUGGCAGAGAGUGGGAUUCAACCAGACCGAGGCCGACGAGCUGUGUUCGAGAUGGAAGUAUCGGCCCAGUGAGAAGUAUGUCCCAAUCAUGCAGCAAAAGUCCAACAAGUAGCACCCUCUUGGCCACUCAGGAAUUGUACUUUGGUUUGAUGAGCAUUUAAGUAGCAUUACUGGAGCAUAUGUACGAGGAGCACUACUGAAUAUGUACACUGAAAGUGAAACCAAAGACAGUUUCGAUCGAUAGCUCACUUACGGGUUCCACAAAGUAGGAGCAAAGGGCUCGGUGGAGCAUAACCGAGCUUAGAAUAAUUGCAAAACUGUGUAUUGCUAUUGAAAGGGAAAAUAAAUUAAAGUUCGUGUGUGAGCCAUAUAAUAGAAGUUCAAUUUAUUUAACUAGACAAGGCGGUAACAAAUUGUGAAUGCAGUUCAUGUUGUGUCGUCCAUCGUACUCGUUGCUGUGAGAACGUUUUAUAAAACCAUCAACAAUGUACAGGAUGUCGUAAGCCACACUUUUUAGAACCCCCAACGUAAGACA